AUGGCGUAUGGCUCCUCCAGGAAGGCAGCUGGAACCCUGAGUGCGUCAGUGCUCCUGCCCACUGUCCUAUCCUUCAUCUUCAGCUUCUUCCUAGUUCCUGCCUUACCACUUGAUGAUAGAACAGGAACGCCACCAAGUAAUGAUCUCCAAACCCUCCUCUGCCUCAGGUCCCAUCUUUCUGAUGACCCUGCAGGGUCUCUAACCUCAUGGAAGAACAAUUCCCUCGGAUUUUGCGCUUGGGCUGGUGUUAGCUGCAGCAAGAGUCAGCGUGUCGUCGCGCUGAACCUCGACUCGUUCGGGCUCACUGGCCAAACACCUGCUUGUAGUGCCAAUCUCGCUUUCCUUGAAAGAAUCCACUUCCCAAAUAACCACCUUACUGGCCCAAUUCCUCAUGAGCUUGGCCAACUACCAAGGCUGCAGUACCUUAACCUCAGUUCGAACUAUCUGGGUGGUGAUCCCGGACACACUGUCUUCAUGUUCUCGUCUUCGGAUCGUCGAUCUUGGAAGAAAUUCUCUCCAAGCCUCAGUGGAAUCAUCCCUGAAGGUCUGGGGAUGCUCCAGAAUCUUUCAGUUUUGCAUCUGGCCCGAAACAAUCUGACAGGAAAGAUUCCUCUUUUGCUCGGAUGCAAAUCUCCUCUUAGAGAUCUUGUUCUUGCAAAUAAUAGCCUCACCGGAUCAAUCCCGUCUUGUGUAGCCAACAGUUCAUCGCUUCAGCUGCUUGACUUAACACACAACCAUAUUGGUGGAGGGAUACCGCAUACCUUGCUAAAUAGCAGAUCACUUAGAACAAUAGGCCUUGGGUUGAACAGCUUAGUGGGAUCAAUACCUCCUGUCUCGCACGCUGGGUCUCCCUUGGAGAUUCUCAUUCUGACAAACAAUGAUCUUUCAGGCGCCAUACCUUCUUCACUAGGGAACCUAUCUUCCCUUGUCAGGCUCUUGCUUGCAUACAACAAUCUUGAAGGUAGCAUCCCAGCGAGCAUAGGUAAAAUACCAAACCUGAAAGCAUUGGACCUGACUCACAACUUCUUGUCAGGAACCGUCCCAGCCUCCAUUUACAAUAUGUCAGCUCUGACAUACCUUGGCAUUGCCACGAACACCUUGGUGGGGGAGAUUCCACAUGACAUUGGGUACACCCUCCCAAGCAUAAAAAAAUUGAUCUUUGAAGGGAACCAAUUCCAUGGUAAAAUCCCUGCUUCACUAGCGAAUGCGACCAACCUUACGGUGAUUGAUCUACAAUACAAUUCGUUCUAUGGAACUGUUCCUUUCUUGGGCUCGCUUCCCAACUUGGUGGAGCUAAGUCUAGGCACCAACCAGCUUGAAGCUGGAGAUUGGUCUUUCCUAUCCUCACUAGCCAAUUGCACACGGCUGGUCAUGUUAGAUUUAUCAGAAAACAGAAUCCAAGGAACACUGCCAAAUUCCAUUGGUGCCCUUCCAAACAGCUUGCAAUUUUUGCUGUUGGCAGCAAAUGAUAUAUCUGGGACAAUACCCCCAGAGAUAGGGUACCUCACAAACCUUGUUGUUCUUCACAUGGAGAGCAAUCGGUUCACCGGAAGCAUCCCAGAUGCAGUCGGAAAUCUUUUGAGCUUAUUUCAACUAAGCUUAUCGCAGAACAAGCUUUCUGGACGAAUUCCACUCUCAGUCAGUAACCUGAGUCAACUAAGUGAGCUCUAUUUACAGGACAAUGAUUUCAGUGGUCCAAUCCCAGGUGCUUUUGGUGACUGCAAAAAUUUGAGAAUGUUGAACAUCUCUUGCAACAACCUUGAUGGUGCCAUACCAAAGCAGCUGCUGACUCUUUCAUCCCUUUCUGAUGGCUUGGAUUUGUCCCACAACCAACUCUCCGGACAGAUACCACCUGAGAUUGGUGACUUGAUCAAUCUCAGUCUGCUCAAUGUUUCCAAUAACCAGCUGUCUGGACAGAUUCCCUCCACUCUAGGACAGUGUGUCCACCUGGAGUCCCUCCACAUGGAAGGGAACCUUCUGGAAGGAAAAAUCCCAAAUUCAUUCGCCGAAUUGAGAGGCAUCAUCGAGCUAGACCUGUCCAGAAAUAACCUUUCUGGAGCAAUACCUGAACUGUUUGAGUUCUUCAGCUCCUUGAUCCUCCUCAAUUUGUCGUUCAACAGCCUCCAAGGUCCAGUACCCACUGGUGGGAUCUUUCGCAAUAAAAGUGUGGAAAAUCUGGAUCAGUUUACAAAGGUAGAUUUGAGUUUGAAGAACAUACAGUUGCUAUCAAGGUUUUUAAAGUCAAUCAACUUGGUGUGCCAAAACUUCCUUGCUGAGUGUGAGGCACUGAGGAACACUCGUCAUCGUAAUCUUGUAAGGGUGAUUACUGCAUGCUCAACAUUUGAUCCAUCAGGACAUCAGUUCAAAGCUCUUAUUCUUGAAUAUAUGCCUAAUGGUAGCCUUGAGAGCUGGCUCUAUCCUGAUCGGAACAAGUAUGGAUUGGAAAGAUCAUUAAGUUUUGGCUCCAGAAUAACAAUAGUGAUGGACAUAGCUUCUGCUUUGGAUUAUCUGCAUAACCAUUGCAUGCCUCCUGUAGUCCAUUGUGAUCUGAAGCCCAGCAAUGUCCUUCUUGAUGAUGACAUGGGUGCACAUCUUGCUGACUUCGGGUUAGCUAAAUUUCUUCAAAGUUCCAGUCAUUCAUGCCAUCAAAGUUCUACAAGCUUACUGCGACCAAGAGGAUCAAUUGGGUACAUUGCACCAGAUGAGAUGUUUACUGAUGGUGUGAACCUUCAUAGAUUUGUGGAAAAUGCGUUUCCUCAAAAGAUUGGUGAUGUUCUAGAUCCUUGUAUCGUUCCAUGUUUUGGAGAGGGUGAUGCAGACAACAAUUUGGACCACGGAAAUAAUGCAACAGCUGCCGUGGAAAGCCACUGCAUCAUGCCUCUUGUUAAACUCGGUCUCUCAUGCUCUAUGGAGACCCCGAAAGAUCGACCAACAAUGCAGGAUGUCUACGCUGAAGUCAUCACAAUCAAAGAAGCAUUUGCAGUGCUACAUGGCUGA